UCAAAUGUAAAGAUGGCGGAAGAAGAGAGCCCGUUUGAUGAUUUCGAACAAGUUGACUUUUUGAGGGAUAGACAUAUACGUUUUUUUCAAAGAUGCCUUCAAGUUUUACCGGAGAGAUACUCGUCUUUGGAGACAAGCAGGUUGACAAUAGUCUUCUUUGCACUGUCUGGCUUGGAUGUGCUAGAUGCCAUGGAUGUGAUUGAAAAGCCGAGUUUGAUCGAAUGGAUCUAUUCCCUUCAAGUUCUUCCCACUGCGGACCAAUCCAAUCUGUCACGCUGUGGCUUCCGUGGAUCCUCACACAUAGGAGUUCCAUACCAGACAAAGGGCCCUGGCUCUCCCCACCCUUAUGACAGUGCCCAUGUGGCAAUGACAUACACGGGCCUGGCCAGCCUCAUCAUCCUGGGGGACGACCUGAGUCGUGUGAACAAGCAGGCCUGCAUGGCAGGCUUGAGGGCCUUGCAGCUGGAGGAUGGCAGUUUCUACGCCGUCCCAGAGGGAAGUGAGAACGACAUGCGCUUCAUCUACUGCGCGGCCUGCAUUUGCCACAUGCUCGACGACUGGUCGGGGAUGGACAUCAAAAAGGCCAUCGACUACAUCAGAAAAAGCAUGUCCUAUGACAACGGCAUUGGGCAGGGAGCUGGCCUGGAGUCACAUGGCGGCUCGACGUUCUGUGCGGUGGCGGCGCUGUGCCUGAUGGGGAAGCUGGAGGAGAUGUUCAGCCAGCGCGAGCUGGACCGGAUACGCCGCUGGUGCAUCAUGCGGCAGCAGAGCGGCUUCCAAGGCCGCCCCAACAAACCCGUGGACACCUGCUACUCCUUCUGGGUGGGCGCCACUCUGGAGCUUCUAGAUGUUUUCAAGUACACCAACUUUGAAAAGAACCGGAACUACAUCCUGUCCACCCAGGACCGAUUGGUGGGGGGGUUCGCUAAAUGGCCAGACAGCCAUCCAGAUCCCCUACACGCCUAUUUCGGGAUCUGCGGUCUGUCGCUGAUUGGCGAGGCCAGUCUGCGGCGAGUGCACCCCGCCCUCAACAUCAGCCAGAGGGCCUUCGAGCGCCUGCAGCAGCUGCACCGGGCGUGGAGAGAGACCUGCACAUGACAACGUGCCACCAGCCGACCCGCUCGCUCGCUCGCUCUCUCUUACACACACACACACACACACACACACACACACACAAACUCUUAAAAACCAUGUCAGCCUCUGAUGCCACGUGCAUUCCUCUCAGUCCUCACCCUAACCUGAGUUAACUUAGCAAUAGUGUCAGAGCUGUUGCCUGGCAGCGGGCGAUGGGAGUUGCGCGGAGGGUGGGGGCGGGGUGGGGGUGUGAGUGGAAGACCUGGGAGGGGAGGGGAGGGGAGGGUGGAGUGAUGAAUAAAUGAUUGGGGUCCGGCAUAAUAAAUUAUUAAGCGGGAUCUGUCAGAGUGGAACCUUGGCCCUGGGACGGUCCUCACAAGGAUGGGGUUUAGCCUCUGCGCCUCACUUUUUGUGUUUGUUUGUUUUGCUGAGCCGAUAGCGUAGCUGUCCCUCUUUCACCUAAUUUCCUGGAGAGGUGUACAGAUACUUUAUUUCUAUGUUUGUUACUUUGAAGUCAUUCUUUGACUUGCUCAUUGCCUUGAACUUAGCGUGUCGCUCUUUUUUUUUUUUUUUUUUUUUUUUUUUUGCUCCAAGUGCUAUCGUUCAGAGAUGUCAAAGGAGACUCUCACCCUGCCUCAGUCAGAUGGGUGUGACCUUUUUUUGACUGACCGGUGCAGCUUAGCAGCCCUCUGAAGGUCAUCUCUUCACUCUAGUGAUUGUUACACACCUUUAAAAAAGGAAACAAAACAUAAGACUAGAAGCUGAUGCUGCAAACGGUUUUUAAUUCACCUCGUUUCUUCUGAAGCACCUUAACUUAAACCAUAAGGUGAUUUACAUGGUCCACCAGUGACUCAUAACUGGCAAGCAACUAUUGAUUCCAGUUAAUGUAUAUUCUUAUGAGGGCUUUUUAGAAGCUCAUAUCGGGCUAAUGCUGCAAUGCAGCUUUAGAUAUAGCCUGUUUAAGAUAUAGCACCCACAAGCCUGUUCCUCUUUGCUGAAAUGUGCCACGGACAGCACAAACUGUGCACUCUGCCCUAGAGUGGGCCCUCCGUAGUCUGCCUGUGUUGCUGCAAAUUGGUGUCUCUUUUUGAAGAAAUAAAAGACUUGUGAAUGUUUGCUCUGAUAAGGAACAAAAAAAAUGAAUACUAUUAGUGAAAUGGAAUUUAUUUUUUCUAUACUUUGUAGAAAUAUUAAUUGUAGAUAUUAAUCGUUAAGUUUCAUUUUUUGAAGUGCUCUGUGCUUAUGGCAAUCUGACGGUUUGAUAUGCAGAGGAAUGAAGAGAUGAGAACUUGAAAUGAAUGAUAUAACACUUUCUGUUUCAUGGUAGAACAAAUUCAUUUAUGCCAUUGCUGAAGAGGCAGAACAUAUUUAAUGGAAAUAAAUAUGGUUCCUAGUA